AUGCCUCCAGAAAUUCGUUCCACCAAGCUCAAGUUCAAGGGGGACAAGACAAAGAAGAAACGGAAACGCGAGGACGGAGACGAAGGUGGCAGUAGCAGUCGGCGCAGACGUGAGGAUGACCAAGCCCCCGAUACGUGGGUGAGGCCCGACGAUGCCUCUCAAAUUCGUGGCCCCACCUUCAUCUUUCACCCCUCCGAUCCUUCCCCAGUAUGCAUUAAUUUCGACAUGACACGGAACCGCAUCGCCUUACCCUCGAUGGACAAAGACAAUCCCGAAGAGCCUGUAGCGCUCGUCGAACGCGUCCCAACCGAGGUCUCUCAAGUCUGGGUGACAACCCGCGUGGCUGGUUCGUUGACGGUGAAUUUGCGGACAGGGGUAGGUGAGGGGAAGUUCUUGUCGUGCGACAAACAUGGGUUGGUGUCAGCGUAUCGGGAAGCGCGAGGGCCGGAGGAGGAAUGGACACCGGUGGUGUUUGACGAUGGUAUGGUUGCGUUCCAGAAUGUAUAUGAGAAGUACCUCAGCGUGGACGAGGUGGCUGGAGGACAGCUGCAGUUGCGAGGAGAUAGUGAGAAUGUCGGAUUUGGUGAGCGGUUCUACGUCAAGAUUCAGAGUAAGUACAAGAAGGAGGCGAACGAGGAAGAGAAGAAGAAGAAGGAAGGGAUGCUUGGAGAACCGUCCAUUGACGAGUCGAGCACAAAUAAGCUUUACCAAGCAUGGGGAGCUGGACGUUCUGUUGUGUCCGAAGCCGACAAGAAAGAGCUUAAACGAGCCAGGAAGGAAGGCCGAUUGGCUGAAACACUCCUUGACCGCCGCUCCAAAUUGAAG